GGGAAACAUGAUGGGAGUAUGACGGCUGCCACACGGCUGAUAUCAAGGUUGACGCUGGUCACUGGAGGAGGCAGUGGGAUCGGACGGGCGGUAUGUCAGCGUUUGGCCUCUGAGGGCGCCUCCGUGGUGGUGGCAGACAUCAGCGAGGAGUCUGCCAACGAGACCAUGGUGGGUCUGCAGAAUGACCUCAGAGGACAGGGUCACAUGGCGGCUGUGGUGGAUGUGUCAUCAAAAGAGAGCGUGAAGAAGCUGGUCACCAGAAUACAGCCUCCCUCAGUGUGUGUGAACGCAGCAGGCAUCACGCAGGACCACUUCCUGCUCAACAUGGAGGAGGAUCACUUUGACAGAGUCAUCCAGGUCAACCUGAAGGGCUCCUUCUUGAUCACUCAGGCUGUGGCUCAGGCUCUGGUGGCCUGUGGAGCACCCAAAGGAUCCAUCAUCACCGUGGGCAGCAUCGUAGGAAAGGUGGGAAACCUCGGUCAGGUAAAUUACGCUGCCUCUAAAGCUGGAGUGGAGGGUUUAACGAAGACGGCGGCCAAAGAGCUCAGCAGGUUUGGGAUUCGGUGUAAUUGUGUUCUGCCCGGUUUUAUAUCGACUCCGAUGACUGAGAAAGUUCCAGAGAAGGUUAUUGACAAGAUGAAGUCUUUGGUGCCUCUGGGAAGAAUGGGUGAGCCUGAAGAGGUGGCAGACGUCUGUGUCUUUCUAUCUUCAGAUGACUCUCGGUACAUCACAGGAUCCAGUAUUGAAGUCACAGGAGGACUUUUCAUUGGCUGAAUCGUUCGUCUGAAACCCUGAUGAAGACCAACGGGGGGGCAGCUCCUUCAUAGUUAUAUCACUUGUUCAUAUAUUUCUUUGAUUUACAUGAUUGCUGCUGAAAACAUCUUAGAAAUCUGAAUGUGAACAUGUUUUAUGAAAACUUGUUUAGUGCCAAUAAACCUGUUUAUAACAUUU